UAAUUAAGCGAAACUGCGACGCAAAAAGGCGGAACGAAUUUUACUUCACUUGGGAGGAAAACGUUUUCAUUUUCCGCUGCAACAAAGUGUUUAAAGUUCAAAUUGCCGUUUCCCAUUUGGAUAAAUAGCCAGAGAUUGUGCAUCCUAAAAUUGAAUAUAACCGCGUAAUCACAGGACCACUUUCGAAGGGAUCGUGUUGUGCGUGUGUGCAAACUCAGCAAACUCUUGCAGGCAUUUGUGCAGCUUCAACUGCGUAGAAGCCAGGGAAAACACAAGUUAAUUAGUUUUACCCACGCCGCAGAAUCUUUGAUUCGAGUGAAGUCCGGGGACUCUGUGCUAAUUAAUCCUAGAACCUGCUGGCUCCAAACCACAGCUCGGAAAAAUCCAAGAGGCUGGAUAUGCGUUAACCAGGUGGAGGAGACACUGCUCGUAAAUAAUUGCAGACAAGCCAACGACAAUGCUGAAUUGAGGAUUGCAAAAUUCUGCUAAAACUGCUAUCGGAGAUCAUGUCAAACCUUCUCUCCAUGGACAAGUCGAAUGGCAAUGGGGUCUAUGCGGUCAGGCCGAACAGCAGCAAUGGCCACAUGGACAACGAUAAUGGCCUAAACGGAGCCACCACCUCAACCGCAACAGGAACGGCUGGAACAGGUGCAUCUGCGGCAGCCAUGAUGGCCACGACAAACAACAUAAGCAUAAUGAACGGGGCUGCCGCCGCAGCCGCAGCUUCCGCUUCCGGUCUGCCCACUUCCGCCUCCAGCGAGGACCUCAGCCAGAGCCUUUCCGAGUACACGGAUGCCGACGAGAGCAUAUCCGCGCCCACUGAGUUUCUGGCCGAGUUCCUAUCUGCCGUGAUGCUGAAGGACUACAAAAAGGCAUUGAAAUAUUGCAAAUUGAUCCUGCAAUACGAGCCCAACAACGCCACGGCCAAGGAGUUCUACCCGCUCAUCCUGGAAAAGUUGAGGGCAGUGACCACAUCCAGCGACAGCGACGAGAACUACAAUAAAUCUUCAUCACCCGACUUGGCUCUGGAUCUGCAUGCCUCCGAUGUGGAGGCGGAUGUGGACGGCGACGAGGCUGCAGAGGCAGACGAGGAUGCGGAUGCGGAUGUGGAUGCAGAUGGCGAUGGCGAUGGCAGCGAGAGCAGCAACAACUGCUCCGAGGAGGAGGAUAAUGGAUGGGGUGACGACGAGAUUGACAACGUGGAUGUGAUGGAUGGCGAGGAGGAUGAGGAGGAGAGCAGCAGCAGUGGCGAUGACUUCGAGCUGCCCAUCGACGAUGCAGGACAGGAUCCAGUUGCUCUGGCCGUGCACAACCACCACUCUCAUAGCCAUUCCCAUUCCCACAAUGACUCGGGAUCGUCCAGGAACUCGUCGAGCGGCGGAGGCGGGCGCAGCGACAACACAACGCACUCCUACUCCAGCCUGCUGCUGGAGGAGGAGGACGACAUCGUGCCCGUCAGUCUCAACUUUGGCCUGAAGGAUAAUCCAUCAGCCGACCUGGACGUGAGCAAUGGCAACAAAGUACCCUCCGCCUCCUGCAGCGACUCCGAGUCCCCAACAGAACCGCUCACCCAGCGCCUGGCGGCCAUCCUGCGCUCCAAGUGCGGCGUAUCCGGUGGCGGGGGCUCCGAUGAGACCUACUAAACUAUGCAUCUUGUAUAAGCUUAAUCCGACGCUGUGCAGGAAUUAUUUGGGUGUGGCUUAUACUGGCGAACUGCUUACAGAUGGACAACAGAGAGUUUGAUUUUUUACCUGCUGCACAGCGGCAUCCAUAUAUUCUUGUAUAACUCUAUAAAGACACUCCACCCCCUUGCCCGGCUAGUCCAGUCCACUAGUGCGAUCGCUUUACGAACCUAGAAACCGUCCCUAACUGCAUACUCUCGUAUAUCGUAUCUUGUAUCUCCACUUGCAAAGUUUUCUCCCUAGGACAAACAUAUCGUACAAACUCUAUAAGUACUUAUAUAUACAUCAAUACCUAUUUAUACCACAUAUAUACUGUACAUGUUUAGCCUAGAGACGUAGUCCCAGAGCCCAAUAAAGAUAUACUCGAUAAGGUAAGCUGAACUUGGCGAGGCAUUAGGGUUUAGGUGAUUAUAUACACACACACGAAAGGCGAGACAGAAUCAAUAUAUAGAUUUACACGUAUAUAUUUUAGUAAGACACCCAUUCAGAACGCACAGGACUCGGAAUGCUUUAUAUAUUCGCAUUUGAUAGAGAUCGAUUUUUUCCCCGAGAAACAGAUGGAGAGCUGCGGAGCUAAGGAUAAGUCUGAUGAGUCUAUGGAACAGACUGUGGAGGAGCGAACGAACGAACGUAGAACUACAACUGAAAUGGUCCAAAGUCACAAACUACGUAGAAGAGUGUAAAUAUAUAUAUUUUGUAUCGAUUAAGCCUGUACUAGGGUCUCUAUAUACGUUCGAUUUCGUUUAGUAAGUUAUACGAGGGACAUAA